UAUGUUACAUUGUUAUACAAUAUAUUGAACACGCCCACACAAAGAAACACACAAAUAUAGUGGUCAGUGUUUGGAAUGUAUACUGCAAUCCGAGUCUCGGAAGAAUCCUUGCGAAAACACCGGUUUUGCAUAAAUCAUUGAAGAUGAAUGUGCUUUACAAUCAACGAGUAAGUAUUUAUAUCUUAUACACAAGUUAUAAAUAUUACAUUAGUAUAUUCCAUCUUAAUUACUAUUGCUGUUAUCAUCAGUUUUAUAUAUCAGAUAUACUUAUGUGUAGUACACGGCAUAGAUUCUUUUCAGUUUUCAUUGUCUUGGUAGAAAAUAUAUUUAAAUUUAAAUCAACCUAUGUUUACAAUUUGCUGAAAAUGUACUAUUAUUUUGAAGUAAAUUUAAAGAAAAUAAUAUGUGGAAUAUUAUAUUACAGCUAUUAAAAUCACAAAUUAUUUGUAUUUCUAGUAUAUCUACACUUGAAAUGAAUAAAAAAAUAUUAUAUGUUAAAAGGUUUUAUACUGUUCCCUUGUUAGGUCGAUCUUAGAAUUCUCAUCAGUUGUCUGGAAUCUUAAGCAAAUUAAUUUAGUUGAUAAGCUUAAUAAAAUACAAAGUUGUUUUUUGAGUAUAAUGUCUUAAACUAGGAAAGACUGAUGUGGGUUUGCUGUAGAACUUGGUUUUGAAUCAUCUUCUAGACAUUUUUAUAAUGAUGUAGCUUUUAUUUAUAAAUACAUUUCUGGGCUAUUAGUUUUCCCUGAGUUAUUACAAAAAAAUAAUUUUAGAAACAAACCUUUCUUUCAGAUACUUCAGUUUUCUAGUAUUUUUAUUACAAAUAGUCCAGAGUAUCGUCUUUUGAAACAUUGUUAUGAAUAUUUCUUAACCACCAAUUUUAUUUUUUAUUAUGUAUUCUCUUUUUGUAUAUUAUUACAUUUAAGCUUUUUCUGAUUUUUCAUGUACUUAUUACCUCUUUGGGGUGUUCAUUUAAAUAAAUAAAUUAUUAAGUAUCAAAAAUAGUAUUUCUUUAAAUUUACCAAUAUUUAAAUAGUAAUUUUAACCAUUUAUUAUUUCAUUAUAUCAUUUGUUUAGUUUUUUAAUUCUCAAUAAACAUAUUAUACAUAAUUGUAUUGAUUAUUAUUAGAUUGAUUAUUAAUUGAACUAGUAUAAAUUAUAUAACAGUCAAUGUAUUUACCUAAAAUAUAUAUAAUUGGUAAAAUUUAAAAUGAUUUUUUCAGAUUUAAUAUACUUUGAACUUGUAAAAAGUGAACAUUUGAUAACAAGAAUAAAUAUAUUAUAUUUAAAAAAUGGCUGAAUCUGUUCCAAAAUUUAACUCUGGUAGUCAUGUUAUUCAGUGUAAUGAAAAUGAAUUUAAUGUAUUUCAAACGAAAAUCAAAACAGAAUGGUUUGAAUCAGGUUUUAUUGGAGAGAAUUUAGAUGAUUUCGACAAUUAUUCAGAUGAUUUGGACAAUUAUUCAGUUGAUUUAAAAUAUAAAUUAGAUUAUUUAAAAGACACAACUCAAAUAGCUGGAACAUAUAAUAAUGAAGAGAUGGAAACUACAUUUAAAAGUGAACCAAUGUCUUCUAUAGCAACAUUAUUAAAAAAGGAAUAUAUAAAUGAUACAAGUUGUUUUACAAAAGAGACUAAUAUUUCUGAAUCAAAUUCACAAGUAAGCAUGAGGAUGAUGCUAUGAACUAAACUUUUUUUGAUAUUUUAAAUGUAUGGGUGAUUUUUAAAAUUUAACUUUAAAAAUAUUGAUAGAACACCUUGUCAAUUGGUUAUACAUGCUUAUUAAGAGCAUCACAAAAUCCUCAGGUUGAAUAAUAUAAAUAGCCUAGUAAUAAUUAUAUUAUUUUUUUUUCUAUAGGAAUGGAAAAAUUCAAAUUUGAUUGUUAGUAGUAGUAAGUAUAAAUUAUUAUAAAUUGUUAAAAAUAGGUAAUUACUGAUGAAUGACAUCUAUUUACUUGUUACUUAUUGUAAACAAUUUAUUCCUCCAUUCUUUAUUAAAUUCAGUACUAAUAUAAUUUGUUUUUAUAUAAUUAUUACAUAAACAAUAUGUAUUAAAUUUAAUUAACAAAACUCAUAAAAUUAUAUAUUUUUUAAGGAUCAAACAUUAAUAUACUGUGAAUUAAAGAAUCAAGGCUUUAAAGUUAAUAUUUUUUCAUUUACAUUUACAUUUUAAGUUGAUGAAGGGGAUAUCAUGUUCUAAGAAAAGUCAUGUAUUACUGUAAGUUUAUCUUCUUGAAGUUUGAAUAAUGUUCUUUUGUUCUGAAAGCAAGGAAUUUUUUUUUGAACACAAUUAAUAUUUGAUUAUAGUUAUUAUUUUGUGUUCUAUAUUAUUGAUUGUUUUCUUAAUAAUACUUAACUUUUUUUAUAAUAGAAAAUAUUGAAUUAAAAUACAUUUUAGAUAUUUUGUAUAAGAUAAUACCUAUUUACAUGGAUUUUGAAGUUAAAUCUUCCAUAAUUGAUAAGAUUAUUGUUAGAAAUUUAAUAUAAUGAUAUGAGGAAUGUGUUAGUUGUAAAAUCUUAUGAACUAUUUACAUUUCCUAUGUACAUAUUGGAUUGAAGAAGUACUCUGUUUGUGUAUAUUUUGAUCUAUCACAAUUUUAAAAUAUAUUUACUAUCACAAAAUAUAGUUUAACUAUGAUAUAACAAAUAAAAACACUUAUUGUUAAUAGGUAUAUAAUUUUAUUUAGAUAAUAUUAUAAAAAUGGUCUUAAUAUAUAUUUUUAAUUUUUAUUUAGGUUAUACUAAAAAAAUAAAUACAAAUCAGUCUGAUGGAGAUUCUGUUUCUAAGCAUGAAAUACUACUGUAAGUAUCUUUAUAUUAUAUUUUUAUGUUAAUAUGUUUAAGAAAAUAUAUAUAUUCAAUUUUAUUAUGUGAAAACUAUUUUAUAUUAAUGUAACUUUUAGAACAUCUAAAGUACCAAUAUCAUCACAGACUUUAAAAAUAAACCAUAACUGUAGUGAAUACUGUGCGUGGUGUAGAAAAAGUUUUGCUGUAUUAGACAAUCCUCACCAUAUUGGACGUUUAAGAAAUAUCGAGACUCAAAAUGCAUUUUUAAAAAGUGAGAUAGUUGUAUUUCUUAAAUUGAAUAAAUUAUGUAUUAUAUUUUUAUUAGUUUUACAUAAUCGCAAAAACUCAGUAUAUAUUUCAAAUUUCAAAAUAGUUUCUUAUUAAUUCUUUUUUUUUUUUUCUGAGUUCUUGAACUAGAAAAUUUAAAAAGAGUAACUACUUAUUGUGUUUUUACCUUCAACUUAAGUAUAUUUUGCAAUAUAAUUAUAAAAACUAUUAUUUAACACUCUUGGCUUGGAGUAAGGAUCCUAGUUUUAAUAUGUAUUUCUUAAUUAACUGUUAUAUAACUAUUUACUAUAAUUAAUAAGUACUUUUUAACAUAGAUGUAAUUUGAUAAAUUUGAUUUUAAACUUUAAAAGCAACUAUAAAAAGUUGAAAAUAUUUGAAAAAAACAAUUUUAGAUUUUGAACCCCUUCAAGACUAAUAUUUUAUGUAAUAGCAUACCUAAUUUUUACAGCAUUAAACUCUGCUUAGGAUUUAAAAGUAUCAAGAAGGUUUUGAUUUAAAAUUUUACUGAUUUCAGUUGAAUCCAGUUUGGACAUUCUUUCAUGCAUUUGUGACCGCUGUUGGAAUUUUUUGAAAAAAACUCAUCAAUUGCAGAAAACUGCUCAAACAACACAAAGACAUACUCCUCAUGUAUCAAAUAAUGUAACUAAAGUUAAUGUAGAUAAUGUAGACAGUGUUAAUGAUGGAUUUAGAAUUGAAAAUGCCACUAAUGUUAAUGAAGUUGAUAAAGAAUCAGGAACAGAAAAUUUGGACAGAGAUGAUGAAAAGACUGAAGUUAAAAAUAAAGUUAUAGUUGAUGGAAAAAUUAAGGUUAGAAAUAUGGCUGGAUUUGAUGAAGGGUCUGAAGUGGAUAAUAAAACUAAAUUUGAUGAAGGAUUUGGACUAGACAAUACUAUGAAUAAAUCAGUUAACCAUUUUAAACAUCAUAAUAGGCAUUCAAAAAAAAAGAAACAUAAAAAAAGAAAACAACCUCUCUCUACUUGUUCAGUACACAAUUGUUUUAAAUGUUCUAUACAUCCAAUAUCAUCAGAUGAAUAUGUAAGAAUAAACCAAAUCAUUUCUCAAUUUGAUUUUUGUAACGUAAGUAAAUAAAAAAUUGUUUGAGAAAAUUGUAGAAUUAUUAUUUAUUUAUUUUUUCAGAUAAUUUUAGUAGAAUCUCAACGAAAAAAAUCUAUACUAAUGGGCAUGCCUCCUUUAUCUCUUUGCGAAGAACAUUUAGAUAUGGUAAAUUAAUAAAUAAAAUAUGUUUAAUAUAGGUAUUAUAAAGUUUCUGUAUUUGACUUAUGGUUUAACUCAAAGUUAUGUAAUAAAUAAACUGCAAAAAUAUCAGAUUUUAUAUAUCUGAGAUAAUAAAUAGCUAAACAAUAAUCUAUUUAUGUAUAUACAUAUAUAUUUUUUUUAGGUAAAUGUAUUGACUACAUGUCAACUUUGUGGUAAUAAACUAAAUGGCCAUUUAGAUUCUAAAGAAUGGAAAAUGCAUGAUGAAUGGAAUGAGAUUUUAAAAUGCAAUAAUAUUCCUUUAAUAUUGAAACCUGGUAUGUUUAUAUGUACGAGUUGUCAGAAUUGUAUUUCUAAAUGUAAUACAUUAUCACCUAACAUUUUGGAAGAUUUUCGACAAAAUGUUAAAAAAAGGUAAGAUUUUUAAUAAAUAAAGAUAUAGAGUAAUUCUUUGAAAUAAAUGUAUGCUUGCCAUGUUUUGGGUCACUGAAUUUAAAUGUUUAAAAAAUGUGGCUUUUUUAUUUAGGAAAACAAAUAUUUUAAAUUUCAGGCUACUGAGUGUAGUCUGUGAUCAUUUUUUUUUUUUUUUGUCUUUCCUCUUAUCUACCCAACCUGAUUUUGUGUAACAAAUCUAGGUUUAUUUUUGAUUAAAAAUCUUACAUGAGAUUGCAAAGCUAAUGGAUAUAUAGACGAAGAUCCAAACUCGCUUAAUGAGGUCUAAAUUGAAACUUAGGAUACUAUUCUCUUUUUAGUAUUAUCAGGUUGAAAAUUUAGAUUAGUUCAAAUCCCCCCCACAAGGGUGGUGGAUAAAGAUUACUGGAUCAAAUAGCUGUACUCGAAUCCCUUGAAUCAGCAAUAGUUUGUUCUGCAUAUUAUGUAAAGUGACAUAUAAUCUUCAAAUCGCUAUAAUUUUAACCUAAUAAUUUUCAAAAAAAAUUUGGUUUUUGGUUCUAAGCGAAGUGUUGAAUGUAUUGGUUUUAUAAUGAUGUUUAUUUUUAUUAUUUAUACUGUGUAUAAAAAUUCUUCUAGAAUCUUUUUCUAAACUUUUCCUGGUAUGAUACUUUCAGAAGGUCAUUUUUUGAAUUUUCAAAAUAAUUGGCAACAUUUACGUAAAUAAAGCAUUUAUUAUUUUAAAUUUUGAUUUUUUGUUGCAAUUUAAUUAAAAAUGUUCAUAGAGAAUUGAAAACUUAUAUUUGCCUUUUAUAGAUAUGGUAAAAUUUUCAAAACAUUUGUCAAAUGUUGAGCUAUUUAUAGGCAUUUUAAUUUUGCAAGUUUUUUUUUGUAGUAUUCAGUAGGUACUCUAUGGAUAAAAAUUUUAGACAAAAGGGAAAUGCUUAAAAAAUUAAAUGGGAGGUUCAUUAUAAGUUGUGCUUAGUGGUCAGCAAGAAAAGUUAUGUUUGAUGUAGCCUUUUAAAACAUGUAUAACCAAACUCUGCUCAGAAUGGUUUUUAGUUAGCAAUGAUAAAGAUUUUAAGUAAAAUAUUCUUUUUUUGAAUCCAUGCUGUUAAUAAGGAGUUACUAUUUAAAAAUAAAAAAUUAAUAAAUGUUUAUGGUGUACAAAAUACUGUAAAUAAAAUCAUUAAACAGUUCUAUACUGAAUCACCCAAAAUUUAUUUCUCUCAAUGUUUACAUAGAUAAUUAUGAUCCAGGUAAUUGAAAAAAAAAUAUAUGUUUAAAAAUUAAAAAUUGUAUUUAUUUUUUCAUAAUAUAAUGAAACUAAUUUCAUUUUAGAAAUGAUGCGUGUAGAAAAUCAUUUGGAUGUAUACCACAAGUUAACAUUCCAAAUAUUUAUCAAGAAUCAAAUGUAGACCCCCUUAAUCAUGCCUUCAAUAAAGUUGAUAGUCCAACAAAAAUCAAGUUCUCAGAACCUUUAACAACUUCAACCUAUUAUUUUAAACCUUAUAAUAGCGAACACCAUUCAAAAUCAAAAUCAGAAGAGAAAAUACAAAGUCAUGUUAAUAAAGUUUUGGAUAUAUUAACAGUUCCAGAAAUUAAAUCUACUAAAAAUACAAAUCUUAAUUGUUAUAAUAACUUUGAUCCUCGUAAGCUAAAAUUAAAAUUAAUUGAUGAAGAAAUGAAUUCUAUAACUGCCGAUUCUCUAUUAUCAGAUGUUCAUAAAAAACAUUCUAAGAUAUCAUUGUCAAGCUAUUUAGGUAAAGGUCACAAGAAAAUGCUUACCAAAAGAACUAAUAAAAUUAUGAGUUUAUUGAGAAUACCUCCUUAUGCACAAUCUAGUGAUAAAUCGCUGAAAAAUAAACAUUCACUUGCCAAACCAACUGGUGGUGCUGAGAAUCAAAUUUUAAAUGAUAACUUAAAUAAAUCUACUGAAAAUAAAUCUUUUAAAAAUAAAUCUACUCAAAUUCAAAAUAUUGCUUCUGAGAAUCAAAUGUUAAAUAAUAACUUCAAUAAUUUUACUAAAAAUAAAUCUACUCAAAUUCAAAAUUUUGCUGCUGAGAAUCAAAUGUUAAAUAAUAACUUCAAUAAUUUUACUAAAAAUAAAUCUACUCAAAUUCAAAAUGUUGCUGCUGAAAUGGAUGCUAAUAAAGAUCUGCUACCAUUGCAUGUUUGUAGUCUAUUAGAUAACAAUGAAAGUGAAAUAUCCAUACAUUUUGAGGCCGAUAAAAACCAAUCAAUAUCUAAUUCACAUCCAAUGGUACAUAAAAACAAACUUGGAAAAACAGAAAAAACCCGUAAAUGUUCUCCAGUGAAUACUAAUAUACAUUCUAGUCAAAAUGUAAUAAAUAUUGAAAAUAAAGAAUUCAAUCAAAAUAAUUCAGAAAUGGCUACUGAAUAUUCUUACCGUUAUGUGUACCAUGAAGAUGAAAGUAGUUCAGAUCUCAAUGAAGAAAAUACAAAUAAUAUUGCAGAAAAUGUGGUCAUUGUUAAACCAAAUAAGUAUGACCAGAGAUUUAGUUUGUUGAAUUCCAAGAACCUACAUCACAUGAAACCUAUUAAUCAUUCAGAAUUAAGAAAAAAAUUACGUAAUGUUGUACAUCAAAGAAUUUCUAAUGGAGGCAUUAAGAAGCAAAAACUGAAUAACAUUUAUGAAUUAAAUGAAAAUGAAUCAUAUAUAUAUGAAACAAAUAAUUCCAUAGAAGAAAAUAGUAUUGAUUUAAAUGAUAAUAAAAAGAAUGUUUUUCGACAUUUAAAUACACCAACUAUUUCAACUUUGUUCCCUCGAACAAAUGAAAAUGUUGAUUCUAAUAAGAAUGACAUUAUUGAUUUGUUGAGCGAUGAAGAUGAAGGAAUAAUCAUACCAACAGAUACAAAUAGUAUGGAUGAAACAUCCUCUACUGAUAAUGGCUCAUCAAUUCAUAUAGGCAGAUGUUAUAGUUUAAAUCAAAAUUAUUCAAAACCACUUCAAUGUAAACGAACUUUACAAAGGGUUGACGAUUUUUAUUCAUCUGCUGUACGUAGUUUAUCUGAAAAUGAAAUUCUGUCUGAAGAUUCACAAGAAUAUGAAAUAUUAUAUCCCGAAGAUGCUUUAAAUAACCAAUCCAAUUUAAAUACUACGCAUUCAUUUAGUAUGUCUGAGAUUGAUUCUCAAAAUACCGAAUUUGCUCAACAACAUAUUUCAACUAAUGAAGAAAUUGAGGAUCUAACUCAAUCUGACAGUGAUAAAAGUGACUCUGACAAUGAUGAAAAUGUUAUACAUAUAGAGUUGGAUGAAUCUAAUCAACACAUAUAUGAAAAUUUAAUGACCCGAUUUAAUAAUAAUUCGUCCGAUAUAUUAAUGUAUCUCAUGGAUAAUUAUCAAAUGUUCUAUAAUGGAAAAUUAGUUCUGUCAGAAAAUGCCAGUACAAAUGCAUCUAAUAGUUUAAAUUAUCAUUUAAAUCAUCUGUACCAAUUAUAUGGUGACCCUACAAUGAACAAUACUUCUGUAAGCUUUUUACCAGAUUCAAGCGAUUCCACAUUGAACGAUAUUACAACUACCACAUCUGCAACACAUACUCCAAUAAUGGUCAGCAAACUGAAUAAUUCUCCAUCUACUCAUUCAUUAAUAACAAUAAUAAGUGAAGAUGAAGAAUCAGAUACAUAAAUUAUGAAAAAUAAGACAUAAAAUCCUAAUAUUUAUACAUAUACAUUCUAUAAAAUAAAUUUAAGAACAAUAAUAUAAUAUUAAGGUGGUUUGAUACCACAUGUCAUUCGACUGCCAAUACUGUUUAUUUUAUUCAGAUACAAAUUACUUGAACUUAUUUUUGAAAAACUAAAUUUCCAACAUAAAAAGGGAAUGUAUACGCUAUAAUACUUGGUUUUAUUUUGUUAAUACAUCAAAUACAAUAAAGAUUUUUCUAUAAAAAAAAAAUGUCAGUUUUUCUUUUCAAAAUCUUAGUUUUGUUCAAAGCUCUUAUAUCCAAAAAUAAUAAUAAUAAUAAAACUACCAUUGCAUAAUGUAAAUUCUCUUUUUUUAAUGGUGAAAAUUUGGUUUCUUAAUUAAGAAUAUGGGUAAUAGCAUGUUCUCUUAAGAAAUUCACUUAGUAAACCUAAGAUUAUUGUAAUUGUUUAUGUUAGUUAUUAUUACAAAAACAUUAUAUGAAUUAUAUUUUAAACUAAUUAUUUAUAACCAAUUGUGGGUUAAAAUGUUAAAUCUAAAUAGCCUGCCUUGAUGGAAUAUUGAUAUAUAAACAUACAAUGUUAAUUCAUAAUUAAUAUAGAUUUAUUUCAUAUAAUUUCAUAUUAAUACAAAUAAUUUUUGAUUGAUAUAGAAAAAAAAGUUUUAAUGUCUGUUUGAUUCUUAAAUAAAUAUUAAAUAUAUCCAUGCAUUUUAUUUCAAAAAAAAAAAAAAAAUUAUAACUAAAAAACUAGUAUUAUAUAAAAUUAUUUAAAUUAAUAAUAGGGCAUUUAGAUUUAUAGAUGUUUCUAAGUAUUAGUUUACAAAUGAAAAAUUAUACGGUUAGGUUUUUUAGUUUUAGUAGUUGAAGAUGCUGUACUUAAUUGUCUAGGAAUAAACAUCGAUGUUUUUGAAUUUAAUUUUGUGCAUUCUUUACUAGUUUCCUGAAAUAAAAUUUAAAAUAUUUGUUAAACUUGUAUUUCCAUAUAAUAUUAGUCUCAAUGCAUGCACAAACAUUUCUUAAAGAUAAUUACAUACAUUAUACUACCUUAAAUUCUCAUUUUAUAAUUUUAGAUUGUGAACAAAACGUGUUGUAUUUUUAUUUAUAAGUUUAUACAAAAUAUAAUAAUGUUCUUCAAUAACUGUAUUGUUAAUUAAUUAGUAAUUAUGAUUCUGG